UCAGCCUCCACAGCAGCUCAUUCGUUGCUGACAUCUCAGUGAGGAAACAUGCCUGAACCCGCCAAGUCUGCGCCCAAGAAGGGCUCCAAGAAAGCGGUGACCAAGACCGCCGGCAAAGGAGGCAAGAAGAAGAGGAAGACCAGGAAGGAGAGCUACGCCAUCUACGUGUACAAGGUGCUGAAGCAGGUGCACCCCGACACGGGCAUCUCGUCCAAGGCCAUGAGCAUCAUGAACUCUUUCGUCAACGACAUCUUUGAGCGCAUCGCCUCCGAGGCGUCCCGUCUGGCUCACUACAACAAGCGCUCCACCAUCACCUCCAGGGAGAUCCAGACCGCUGUGCGCCUCCUGCUGCCCGGUGAGCUGGCCAAGCACGCCGUGUCUGAGGGCACCAAGGCCGUCACCAAGUACACCAGCUCCAAGUAAACAAGCUGUUUACUAGCUGCACAACAAAGGUCCUUUUCAGGGCCACCCACUACUACUGGAGAGCAAUGGUUGUUCC